AUGCUUUCCCCGCAAGGGGACGCUUCCCCCUGGAUCAGGUAUGAACUCGGCUGCUGUGGAGAAACAGGUCAGCCGGUGAACAUGGAGACCACGUCUAACCCUGCAGCAGUUGCAGAAUUGCCCAUGGUCCAGUCGUCAGAGGCUGAGUCAUGGGAGAGCGCUGCCGUCAGCAGCAAGAGCCGAUGCUCUGAGGAGCACGUACUGACCUGCACGUUUGAAGCCUGUGACCUGGAACAAACAGGACAGGUGUCUGUUUUCCAUAUUAUCGAGUACUUACAGUCUGUGACAGGGCAAAGCUGUGAGGAAGGGAGACUGCAGUUGCUUUACAAAAUGCUGGACCCAGAAGAGAGGGGCGUCACUGUGGAUUUAUCGACCUUCCAUGCUGUCAUGAAGAACUGGAUUGCAGAUUGUCGGCAGGAUGGGGGAUUAGACAGCACGAAGGAGCGAGAUAAGUUUGUGGACAAUAUGUGCCUGUGGCCAUCUGGUAAGUUGAGGAGGCCUGUCUCUAGUGGUGCUCAGUUAGAGGGAUAUGGCGGGGAUGUCAGCAGUGUAAACUCAUCUCCCUACCGACUGCCCCCUUGCCUUCAUUCAUGCCGGUCUCCAAGGGAAGAGGCUGCCGCCUUGAUGAGCAGCAUUGAAGACCUGGAGUAUGGCAACAAAAAGUUGGCUGUGCAGAAUGCCAAGUUGCAGAGGACCAUCGAGGCAGCUGAGGAACUCAACUCCCGCCUCACCGAAGAGCUCUCCCAGCUGCAAGGCAGACUGAGAAGCACGCAACAGGCCCUGGAACAGGCUAAAUCAGUGGCUAGCGAACUAGAAGACCUGAAGGCUAUUGCAAAAAGUCUGGAAGAGGAGAAGGGCAAACUUUACUCACAGGCCCGACAGCUGGAGAAGGAACAGCUGUGCCUCUCUCUACAAGUGGACUGUCUUCAAGAGGAGAACAGGAAGCUGCUCACAGAGAGAGACAGAGUGAAGCAGAAGGUUGCGGGGCUGGUUGCUGAGAAGGCAGAUCUGAAGACCCAGCUCUGUGAAUAUGAAACUCUCCUCUCCUGCAAAGACACUGCCCUUACUGAGAAAACAAACCGUGCCGAAGAACUGACAGCGAUGCUGGCGGAGUACAGGACAGUGGUGCAGGAGCUGAGACUGGAAACAAGCCAGCUGCAGGAGCAGCUGUGCCAAACCACCGAAGACCUGGCCAUGCUGCCGAAGGAGCUGCCCCACGAGCGUAAACCCCACGUUCAGCUUCCGGCACAGCCGCUCUGCGUGGAGAUAGAAGAAAUCCAGCAGGGACGAAAGGCCGAGGCCCGUCUGCCCAGCCCGCUGUGUGGGAUGUGGCCAGGCUCAGGAGCGCCUGCGUCGGCACAGCUGCUUGUCGGGAUGAGUCCCGUGGAUGUCAGGGCGGUGGCAGCGGAGCAGGAUGUGGGCGCGGCCGAUUGCACCCCAGCAUGGCUGGCUCAGCCGAGCCCCACCGGGGAAGCCAAAGCGCUGGCUGAGCAGCAGCAGCGACUGACGACAGAGAUGCCAGAAAGCACAGAGGAGAGGGGAGACUGGAGCUGCCCAGCCAAGGAAGAGCUGUGUGCGCAUGGCGCAGAGGAGCAGCUUAAACUCGCCAGGGGGACCAGUGAAGAGCACAGCUGCUUAUCCUGCGUGGAGACCCAUGUGCUUCCUUGGCCGGAAGGGAAGGCAGCAAAGCCUAUCUGUCUGGAGGCCGGGCCCGCAGACACUCCAUUGUCCAGUGCAGCAGAGAGGAGCUCUGCGGGAGGCCUGCAGCAAGGAGCACUCGUCCCCGUCAAACAGAAGCAGCUGCAGGACUGCUGGUUCGAAACCGUAGCCCCAUGGCUUCGCUUGGGCCAGAUUUUCCUUCUGCAUCGGCCACAGCCCCACCUCCUCCCCAGCCGCCUGCUGCUGGCCCUGCUUGCGACACUCCUCUUGCUGCCAGCGCUGUGCUAUGUGGUGCUGCCAUGCAGGCAGCAGCCCGGCUGGACCAUGCCCACAGGGCUGGCGUGGCCACACCUCCAGCUGCGGUACCUGAGGCCCCCACCUUUGUGACCCCUUCCCACGCAGACAGGAGAAAGCAGCUCUUUGGGGGCCAGGGAAGGUCCAUUUUAAGCUGCUGGCCGUCCUCGCUGGGAGCAGCUCUGACUUGAAGGCAAAUAAAGAG